AACUCAUCUAUUUCAUUUUCUUCAUCUCUCUUUUCUUUCUUUCUUUCUUCCUUCCACUACUUACUCAGAUCUCGAAAUUUCAUCAACAGAAAAAAUGAAGAAAGUUGUGCUGAAAUUAGAUUUCGCCGAUGAGAAAAUCAAGCAAAAAGCCAUGAAGAAAGUCUCCGGUAUCUCAGGGCUGGAGUCGAUUGCACUUGAUCCAAAGGACAAGAAGUUGACCGUAACAGGGGAUAUAGAUCCUGUGGCUGUGGUUGCCCGGUUAAGGAAGAUUUGCUACACGGAGAUUGUCUCCGUGGGCCCCGCAAAAGAGCCCGAAAAGAAAAAAGAGGAGCCCAAAAAGGAGGAGCCCAAGAAAGAAGAGCCCAAAAAAGCAGACGAUAAGAAAAAAGACGGCCCGAAAGAGGAUCCGGCCCAUUUGGUCAAGGCAUAUCAAGCAUACUAUCAACAGCCCUAUUAUUACCAGCCUUAUCAGCAACCUCCGGCGGUGGUGCCGCCGCCGUACUAUAGUAGAGGCGUGGAGGAGGAUCCCAAUGGUUGUGUUAUUUGUUGAAAAAAUACAUAAAUAUGAAGAAAAAUAAAAUAUUCACAAGUUAUUGUUUAUUUUUUAAAAAAUGGUUAAUUAGCCGUUGAUUUUUCUUGUUUUUUUCUUUUUUGGUUGAUUAGCGAGAGUAGUAAGUCUGUAUUCGCGAAGAGGGCUUUUAACUAUUGGUUUUAUGUAAUUUGUAAAUAUCGAUAUUAAACGUUAUUGCUUCAUUUAUUAAUUAAUAAUAAUUCCAUUAAA